AUGCCGUCUACCAGUCUCUGCCAAGACGAGGCAUGCCCUCCAUACAGCCUCAUGGACGAUUAUAGCGAGGGAGCUCACCCACAAAUUCUGGAAGCUCUUCUUCGAACCAAUUCAACGCAGCAAGUCUCCUACGGGAAUGACGACUACUGCAAUAAUGCCAGACAGUUGAUCCGCCAAAGGAUUAAUUGCACUGAGGAUGAGGCAGAUAUCUUCUUCGUCCCCAGCGGGACAUCAGCCAACCUCAUUUCAAUCGCCAGUUGCCUCCGUCCAUACGAGGCUGUGAUUACUCUGGAAUCUGGCCAUAUUGCAUGCAAAGAAGCUGGUGCUAUCGAAGCAACUGGGCACAAGCUCAUCCUUGUCCCCGCCGUCGACGGAAAGAUGACAGCGACGAAUCUCCGAAAAGCUUUCCAGCAAAAUCAAUUCUUCCCGCAUAUGGCUAAGCCGCGGUUGCUGUAUAUCUCCAAUGCCUCAGAGACUGGGACAGUAUACACGAAGAGCGAAAUGAGCACUCUUUCUGCACUGUGCAAAGAAUUGAAUCUUUUGCUUCUCGUGGAUGGUGCCCGAAUCGGCACUGCCAUGUGCUCGAAGAAAAACGACAUGACUUUACGCGAUAUUUUCGAUUUUUCUGACAUCUUCUGGAUUGGCGGAACCAAGGCCGGCGCGCUACUGGGUGAAGCCAUUGUCGUCAAGAAGGCUCUCGCGGAAGGAUUUGUCUUCCACCUCAAACAGCACGGCGCUUUGCUGGCGAAGGGCCGUAUUCUGGGUGUUCAGUUUAUGGAGCUCUUCCGGAAUGAUCUUUUUUUCACCUUAGCUACUCAUGCCAACUCUAUGGCUGAGAAGAUCUCGGCGAGCUUCGAGACGUUGGGAUAUAAAUUAGCUGCAGAGACAGCGACGAAUCAGGUGUUUGUCACUCUUCCACAGCGGUUGAUUCGGACACUGCAGGAAAGGUUCCGAUUCUACACCUGGGAGCAGCUGGAUGACGGGCAGGUGAUUGUGAGGAUUGUGACGUCUUGGGCUACAGACGAGUUGCAGGUUGACAAGUUCAAUGCGUCGGUGCAACAGUGGACUGUGGCAAACAGGGACGUCACCACCAUUUAG